GGCGGGAAUUGCAAUCGUAUAUAUGAUAAUGCAGUUGAAACAGAUCUAGCCAGUGAUCGGAAAAUCGAAAUUCGAUAUCUGUCGUUCGCCAUACAAUCGUAUAAAAAAUUUAUAACUCAAAUUUACCCUGUCCUCAAAUAGAUGUCCAAGUUUCCUUAACUGUCCGGAAUCGAGCAAAUCCUUCAAAUCAUUCCCAAUUUGUAUGGUUACUGCAUCUGAUCCCAGCGCCACAAGCCAAACAUCUAUACCCUCCUUGGUUGUAUCUGGCGUUGCACAAUUCAUCUCGCCGUUCACAAUGAAUAUGUCAGUAGUUUCUAAUUUUUGGCCUUCCAUAUCAUACGAUCUUUCAGCGAUCUUUUCUCUGAAAAGUUCCUCAAUUUUACAAAAGUCAUACCAUGUGUACUUCUUCAUUGUGAUAAUCACAUAUACAUUAAUGGGUAUGUUCUCAUUGAAUGUCGAAUUGAAUUUAUCUACUGUAAAUUCCCCAAGUGAACCAUUUUCUAUUUCAUCCUUAAUUACGUCCCCGGCAUGACCUGUCGAUAUACCUCUAGGAUCAGAACCGUGCACUCCAAGCACUAACUUAUAUUCGGUAAUCAGGCUACCACACUUGAGAUUUAUUAUCGUUAAUCUACAAUCUGUUUUCUUAAACGCCCUUAUACCACAUAUUUGUUUCUUCAAAUACUUUUGAAAAGUUAUAUAGUAAACUGUUCUUUUCUCCGUGUAUUCAUCGGAACAUUCGUUGAUAAGCUUAGAUAAAGUUUGUUUUUCUUCUUUAUCUCCGGUUUCUGUGUUUAUUUUCGUUAUUCUCAUUGUCAUGGCAUAUUCGUAGUAGGUUGUACUUUCGACAAAUGGAAUAGUAGAAGGAAUAGUUGAUGUUGUCGGGGUAGUUGUACUUGUUGAUGUUGUUGGUACUAUGGUAUUUGUUGGUGUUACUGUAGUUGGUGAUGGUGCUGUGCUUGUUCCUAGCGGCACUGCAAUUGUUGUUGAUGGUGCUGUGCUUGUUACUGGUGAUCCUGCGGGUGAUGGUGAUGGUGCCGUGCUUGUUCCUGGUUGUACAGCGGGUGAUGGUGCUGUGCUUGUUCCUGGUUGUACUGCGGGUGAUGGUGCUGUGCUUGUUCCUAGCGGCACUGCGGGUGAUGGUGCUGUGCUUGUUCCUGGUGGUACUGCAAUUGUUGUUGAUGGUGCUGUGCUUGUUACUGGUGGUCCUGCGGGUGAUGGUGAUGGUGCCGUGCUUGUUCCUGGUUGUACUGCGGGUGAUGGUGCUGUGCUUGUUCCUGGUUGUACUGCGGGUGAUGGUGCUGUGCUUGUUCCUGGUUGUACUGCGGGUGAUGGUGUUGUGCUUGUUCCUAGCGGCACUGCGGGUGAUGGUGCUGUGCUUGUUCCUGGUGGUACUGUAAUUGUUAUUGAUGGUGCUGUGCUUGUUACUGGUGGUACUGCCGGUGAUGGUGUUGUGCUUGUUCCUGGUUGUACUGCGGGUGAUGGUGCUGUGCUUGUUACUGGUGGUACUGCCGGUGUUGGUGAUGGUGCUGUGCUUGUUCCUGGUUGUACUGCGGGUGAUGGUGCUGUGCUUGUUCCUGGUGGUACUGCAAUUGUUAUUGAUGGUGCUGUGCUUGUUACUGGUGGUACUGCCGGUGUUGGUGAUGGUGUUGUGCUUGUUCCUGGUUGUACUGCGGGUGAUGGUGCUGUGCUUGUUACUGGUGGUACUGCCGGUGUUGGUGAUGGUGCUGUGCUUGUUCCUGGUUGUACUGCGGGUGAUGGUGCUGUGCUUGUUCCUGGUGGUACUGCAAUUGUUAUUGAUGGUGCUGUGCUUGUUACUGGUGGUACUGCCGGUGUUGGUGAUGGUGUUGUGCUUGUUCCUGGUUGUACUGCGGGUGAUGGUGCUGUGCUUGUUACUGGUGGUACUGCCGGUGUUGGUGAUGGUGCUGUGCUUGUUCCUGGUUGUACUGCGGGUGAUGGUGCUGUGCUUGUUCCUGGUGGUACUGCAAUUGUUAUUGAUGGUGCUGUGCUUGUUACUGGUGGUACUGCCGGUGUUGGUGAUGGUGUUGUGCUUGUUCCUGGUUGUACUGCGGGUGAUGGUGCUGUGCUUGUUACUGGUGGUACUGCCGGUGUUGGUGAUGGUGCUGUGCUUGUUCCUGGUUGUACUGCGGGUGAUGGUGCUGUGCUUGUUCCUGGUGGUACUGCAAUUGUUAUUGAUGGUGCUGUGCUUGUUACUGGUGGUACUGCCGGUGUUGGUGAUGGUGUUGUGCUUGUUCCUGGUUGUACUGCGGGUGAUGGUGCUGUGCUUGUUACUGGUGGUACUGCCGGUGUUGGUGAUGGUGCUGUGCUUGUUCCUGGUUGUACUGCGGGUGAUGUUGCCGUGCUUGUUCCUAGCGGCACUGCGGGUGAUGGUGCUGUGCUUGUUCCUGGUGGUACUGCAAUUGUUGUUGAUGGUGCUGUGCUUGUUACUGGUGGUACUGCCGGUGUUGGUGAUGGUGCUGUGCUUGUUCCUGGAGGUAUUGCUGGUGUUGGUGAUGGUGCUGUGCUUGUUCCUAGUGGCACUGCAAUUGUUGGUGAUGGUGCUGUGCUUAUUCCUGGUAGUACUGCCGUUGUUGGUGAUGGUACUGUGCUUGUUCCUGGUGGUACUACCGGUGAUGGUGCUGUGCUUGUUCCUAGUGGUACUGCUGAUGAUGAUGAGAAUGAUGUGGUUUGA